AUGCUCAGAGUAUCUUUAUUCAGCCUAGGCUUCCUUCUUUUGUCUGUUGUUGUAGUCCACGCCCACCCGUACAGUGACGUCCACCGCCAUAGCGAGCGUGCUCUUGCCAAAUCCUCUGCUGAAUGGCCCACGUACAAGUGCCAGAACGGCGAUCCCGGGACUCCCUACAAGAACUUCACUGUAGGGAGCACCGGCAAGGCCGCGUACAGUUGGACCUGCCAGGGCGAUAUCCCCCAGAUACCCACGAAGAACAACGGCACGGUUUUGCAGAAGGGGAAGAUCAAUCCGGCCCCUCCUGCUCCGAGACACAAGAAGAGAGAUUAUGACCUCCUAGGGGAGGCGUGUACUGUGUGGUGUAACAGCGGGUAG